AAGCAAUCUAAUGAGAAGUCCAUAGCACAAUUAACUUCCAUAAACUUCACCAAAAACUACUCUACAACCAACAAUCAAGCAGAAGAAAUAAAAAUAUAAUCAAUUUUUUACAGAAUUGUUGUAAAAGAACUAAAGCUUAGUUUAAAUAACAGACCAACAAUGUCAAAGAACUUAUGAGUAUCCAUAACUUAAUGUUGAGAAGCUUAGAUCUAAUUCCUCUUUUAGAUAAUUCUCUUCUCGUGAUUCAAACACUAAUUCCAAUAAUUCAAAAAUAGUAAAUCCCAUAGAUGUUAUUAAAUUAAAAGAUAUUCUAAAUGCGAACGGUAAAUCGUAAAAAGAUAUUUAAAUCGACCCUCAGAUAUCAUUAAGAAUAUCGCCUAAAUAUAAUAAUAACCAUUUGGCUGACUUGCUAUCAGUUAAUAACAAAUAAUGCUCAUAAAGGAAGAUAAAAAAGCCAUUCAUUAUGACUGAAUUCAUCAAUCAAUAUCAAGUAUAAGAAAAAAUCCUUCAAUCAUCUAAUUAACGAAUUGAAGAAUGUCAAAAAGAGAAUAAGAAUUUAGAUAUUGAAACUCCUAGAUUUUAUGGAAUGAUGUGAUUAAC